AUGGUGAAAUCUACACAAAUCGCGCGGCUGGACGGUCUAAUGCUGGCCGCCAGCGUCGACGAUGAACAAGUCGAAACAGAGCUCGCCGAGGUCAAGGGCCAGGCGAAGAUGGUCUUCCGCCGCUUAAACCGCAAUUCGGAACAACAGGCUUCGAUCGAGUCUGGACGCUACACGCUGCACUACAUUAUUCAAGAUUCCGUGUGCUUCUUGUGUAUAUCCGACCAGUCCUACCCCCGCAAACUUGCCUUUACCUACCUGUCAGACAUUGCGCAAGAGUUUACCACGACCUACCCCUCAGGCCAGUAUCUGAGCAGCACCCUACGCCCUUACGCGUUUGUCGAGUUCGACACGUACAUCCAGCGCACCAAGAAAGUCUACCAGGACAGCAGAGCGAGCGCCAACCUCGACAAGCUCAAUGAUGAGCUGAAAGAUGUGACAAAAGUCAUGACCAAGAAUAUCGAGGACCUGCUCUACCGUGGUGAUAGCUUGGAGCGCAUGGGGGAAAUGAGCGGCCGGCUACGCGAAGACAGCAAGAAAUAUCGCAAAGCAGCUGUGAGAAUCAACUGGGAGCUGAUGUUGAAGCAAUACGGGCCUUUCGCCGGCCUCGGGCUAUUCAUACUCAUCUUCAUCAUUUGGCGUUUCUUCUAA